CAUUAGUACAGUUUUCGAAUUUCCAUUAACGGAGGGUAAGCUCAAACUCAGCCACCCCAAGAAAAAUACAGCACAAGCGUACAAACUCUGGCAUAACAUAUGCUCUAUCAUUCCAGCAAUACAGAUCGGUUCAGCUCAACAUCGCCAAUUUCUCAGAGAGACUUCUUGGUUUCAUGUUGCUGAAGAAUCUGAUGGAGGAUAAGCAGUUAGAUUUAAACCAACCUUUUCUAUCUGUGAGGCGAUUCUCAUCAACAGUGUCCGCGGUAAAAGGCUACAAAAGGAGAACUGAUAAUUCCCUUCCUUCUUUACCACCCCUUCCGUCUUACAAAUCAGAACUGAAGUCAGGUCCGGUAAGGAACGCUGGGGCUGUUCCUUUUAGGUGGGAACAGACCCCAGGAAGACCAAAGGAUGAAGGAAAACGACAAAUUCAGGCUCUUGAACAGCCUCCCACCGCCCCUAAACUUCCGCCUGGGAGGAUUUUGAAAGUUAAACAGCAAGCUCCAGACAAAGUUGCUGAAGAUCCAAGUGUCAUAAGUCGCAAAGCUGGAAAAGUCCCUUGUAUCUCAAAGAGUGUUUCAUCUAUAGAUGAAAAUCUGACAAAAUUUCAGAGCUCCAAAGAUGCAGUAAAGGAGGAGAGUUCUGAUUCUGGGGAUGGUGAUGAAGCAUAUUUAGAUGCACUUGAUACACUUUCACGAACUGAAUCGUUCUUCUUAAACUGUAGCUUAAGUGGUUUAAGUGGAUUGUAUGAUCCUGAUGUGGAACCAUCUGGAACUUUUUCAGCGGAUCCACAAACUCGAGAUUUCAUGAUGGGUCGGUUUCUGCCAGCAGCUAAGGCAAUGGCUUCAGAAGUACCUCAAUAUGCUUCCAGGAAGCAACCUGUUGUAUGGGAACAACCAAGACAGGUUAAGAAGGUAUUAGCUGAGGAGAAGCGGCCGCCAACCUAUCGCUAUAGGCCAAACAUUUUACCAAAUUAUGACAAAGAUAAUAAAGAAGAAGAAAGUGAUGAUGAAGAUGAUUAUGAUGAAACCAGAAAUGUCACAGCCAGAGUUUGUGGCUUACUACCUCGGUUUUGCUUAAAAAGUUCAUUUUGCCUUUUAAAUCCAGUACCGGGAAUGAGUGUACGGACUAGGGUGCCCAUGUCUCCUGCCAGUAGAAUGCAGGCUAGAUCUUCAUCUACUGGUUCUUGCAGUGAAACUGACAAUGAGCAUAGUCAAGUUGGUACUUACGAGCAAAGAUCAAUAGGUGGACCACGAACAGCUGUGCUGCGUGAAGAUAAGAAGAAUAUGAUGAAAAGUGAAUCUAACCAAAUUACUUACCCGAGUAAUUCUCAGAAGUUGGAAGGAUCAUCUCUGUACAGGCGUUUGCAGGGUAGUGGCAUAUCACCCUAUCAGAGUGAAUUACCUCAACUACCAUUUUAUGAAGAAAGGGGAUUCCUUGGCAUUCCAGAAGAAGCAAAGAGUGCUGGGAUCAAUGGCUUCAAUUCGCAUAAAAAAAGUCCUACCAGCUUUCGGGAAUUAUUGGCUGAUCAGAGCACUGAAUGGGAAAUAGGCGCAGCGAGUCCUUUGGUUGAGAAAACUGUGUAUGUAGAUUCUGUACAUAAGGUGGAAUCUCCAAAUCCAAAUUCAUUUUCUUCAGGUAUGAAGGGGCUAGCUAAAUCAAGAGAAAAUGAUUUGGAGAUCAUUGCAAAUAUUAGGGAAACGGAAGAAACACCCUCAGUAGAUUCUUCACUUAAAGAUAUUGACAAGUUAAAUAUUGUGGAUGAAGAAGCAAUUUUGCAACCUAAAAUCUUGAAACUAGCCGAUUCUGGUCCCUUAUCUUUUCCUGACAAAGAAGUUGAGGCAUUGGAAAUGGACGUGGCAAAGGGUUUUAAACAUGAUAAAGAUGUUCUUCAUUGGGAGUCUGUUACUUCAGCUAAUUCAAAACUGCCUCAUAAUAGGAACCUGGAUUUUGAAGAUGAGCAGUGUCCAAAAGUGGAAAAUGUAGAAAAUUCUUAUGGAAGUUACUCAGAGUUUCAUCUUCCCCCACCUUUACCAAAAUCUCCUUCAGAGUCCUGGCUUCAUCGUACUUUGCCCUCAAUGUCCUCAAAGAAUCCAUCUUCGCGGUCACGUCUUGGUGCUGGGAUUAAUCCUAGAAACCAAGCUGCCAAGACAUCAACUGUUGAUCCCAAGUGGGAAACAAUUGUUAGAACUACCAAGGUGCAACACAGGAAUUUGCAAUUUUCUGAGGAACUAAUAACACCUGCACCGGAAACUUAGGGUUGGAUCCCCUUCUGAAGUACUUUACUCAAGCAUACGUGUCGGCUUGGCAAAUCAUCUGUUGAUAUAUAUACGAUAUGUAGUUGAUAUAUAUACGAUAUAUGUACAUAAAUUUCUGGUUACAUAUAUUUGCUUCGGCAAUGUUCAUUCUACUGGUUUACUGGCAGUAUAAUGGGUUGGUAAAUGUAAUUUGUGGUGCCCAUUUCCUACCCUGUAACCGGGAAGUUGAAAUAAGAUAAUUCUUCUUGUAAACAUCAUCAUUUCAUUGAACUCCAAUCUACUUCCUUCAGCAUGGUGAUUCAUCUGUGAAGGCAAUCCUAAAAUGUAAUUUGUGAUAAAAGGAUGUUGAUUUUCCCCA